UGACGUGAGGGUAGGUUAGAAGGUUGAGUGUCUUUCGUUGUGUGUUAUUUACGUUAAAUCGCGCCUUUUACUGGAAAAUAAUAAAUUGGUGAAUGACAACUCGUUAAUUAGGGGAAACCUCGACGCACUUCCACCAUUACAUCCCCAAUUUACCAUGCACGCAUUUUUUAUAUUUGAUCCAAGCUGAUUUGUGAUUGUUUAUUAUUGAAUUUUGUAACUAAGAAUGAAUGGCACAAUGGAACCACGAAAGAGCGACUCUCACGGCGCUAAGGGACCUAAAAAUUACAAAUUACUCGUCGACCCUUUCUUGGUUAAAGGGGCUGCGAAAUUGUAUCGGUACGACGGGGUUGUCCCCAAUGACGCCUCGUACCGGCCGCCGGUUCCGAGGGACCCCAGGUCGCAUCUCACCAGGAUCUGGACGAGGCUGGAGACGCUCGACCUGCCAGUACCAAGGUUUAAGAUCGACACAAACUACGUGGGGGAGCCCCCGUCGAUCGAAGUAACAAUUUUCCACUUGAACGACAACAUCGACAAGCAGUUCCUCAAAGACAUGGUACAAAAAUUUGGCGUAAUUGAGGAGCUGUUCAUUUACUACCACCCUCAAACCAACAAACACCUCGGUAUCGGACGCGUCGUUUUCGAAACGGUGGCCGGUGCAAAAACAUGCGUCGAAAAACUGAACGACACCAGUGUCAUGGGUCAAAUUCUCGAAGUCUUCCUCGAUCCAUUCGGCGAAAAAUGCAAAAAGAAAUUCGAAGAUUGUACAGUCGAAAAACGUCCGCCACCAGUCAUCGAAAACACGCCGAAAGUCGAACCUGAAAAACACAAAAUCGAUGAAGAAAUCAAAAAGAAGGAAGAAAAAGACCUGAAGGAGAGCGCCGAUGAUGUGAAGAAGAAAGACAGAGAUAGGGAUAGAGACAGAGACCGGGAGAGAGAUAGGUAUAGGUAUCGUGAAUUUGCCACGCCCAGUAGUUCGGAUAUGGGUUAUGGCACCGCCUCUAGUGAAUUUUCGGCCAGUUACGGAUCGGCAGGUACCACGCCAUUGGCUUACGAUUAUUCACACAUGGCGCAUCAAUACCCGUACGCCACGCCCACUUAUCACUGCCCACCCACAGUGUGGCCAAUGGCCACGCCCCAAUGGCCUUCAGACAUGUGGGACCGCACCCCCAUUCCCCCCAAAUGGCCCGAAAAAGAACACACAGUUAAGGAAUACAAAGAGGAGAAAAAACGUAAUAACAUUGCACCCCCCACUAAAAACAAGAAAGAAAAGGAGGAAGAAGAGAGCAAAACACUGGACUUAGACACGAGAAUUGCCCUUCUGUUAAAGGGGCGUGGCACGGGUGAUAAAGCCCCGCCUUUUUUACUACUAGGCGGGGAUUCGGACGACGAAUCAAAGUCUUCCUUUGACAGAAUGCCCAAAUCGGUCCCAAUCCCAACAUCUAUUGACAGUGAUGAUGACCGGUCAAGUAUCUCACUAAGUGACAUGCCCAUCAACCCCCCGGCCCCCGAGUUUGACUCAAAUUCGGUCAAGUGUGACGAUACAGCCCCCUUGUCAACGCCACCGUCGCCGUUUUUGUCCAAAGAAGUUUACCUGGAGUGUCACAAGGUGGCGCUGGAACAAGAAGUGGUCGCGCGCCAGAAAGAAGCCCUUGAGACCAGCGCCCUCUUGAAACAAAUCGAUGUGACGAAAAUCGGCAGCGACAUCUCGUCAAGUGAGGACGAACUUUUAACAGGUGACAAUUACAGCCCACUUGAGCGUAAAUGUGAUAAGGACGACGACCGAAUGAGUUUAUCACCAUUGAGUGAUAACGAACAGAAAAUCGAAGAAUCAAAGUUGGUCAUGCCGACUUACCCUUACCAACAAUAUCCCGGUUACCCGGGUCUCCCCUACUCGUAUCCCUACAACCAAUACGAUUGGAGACAAUCGUACCCUUACACACAUCCAAUGUAUUUAACAUCGUCUUACGCCUCAAUGCAUCCUUCCGUACAAUCAUACAUGAAUUAUCAAAUAGCUCCGAAACGUUGCGAAAACUCCAAAGAUGACCCGCACUCCCCUACCAUAAACGCGGUGAUUGAACAAAUCACGCAAGAACUAAAAGCGAUUCUCAAGAAAGAUUUUAACAAGAAAAUGGUCGAAAACACGGCGUUUAAAAAAUUCGAAGCCUGGUGGGAGGAGGAGAGCAGUAAAGAGAACAAAAACCGGGAGGAAGUUGUCGAAAAACCUAUCCAAAGUCGUGACAACAUCAAUGUUUUACUGGAAGCAAACCGUGAAAAUUUGUAUUCAAAUGUAAGUCUAGGUCUUAAAGCAUCGCUCCCGAAAAUGCCCAGUUUCCGGCGCAAAAAAAUCCCCUCACCUGAACGAAAACUAAGCGAUAACGAGGAAAUCGUCCACGAUUCGGACCCCGAAGUCACUAGACCGUUGCGUCGCGUUCGUAUAAGUUCGUCAAGUAGUUCGGAAAGUUCGAGCUUGAGUUCGGAAAGCGACGACAGUUCGGACGAAAGUUCCGAACCCAAGGAAAAAACCCCCGAACCGGUAAAACCCCCAAAAGUUGCAACAAAUCGCUACUCGAAAAUCUACGUUAGUGACAGUGACGAGGGCGAAUUGGAGUUUAUGGAACGUAGGCGGAAAAACACCGAAUGGAUGGAGCAAAUCGAACGGGAGAAACAAGCCAAGGAGGAAACAACAACCGUUCCUCCACCGCCUAAAAAAGUGAUAGAGGACGUGGAAAUGGAGGAGAAAAGUUUGGAGAAACUGGAGAGUGAACGUGAGGAGUUGUUGCGACAGGUGCGUAACCCGGAGCCUCCGCCCCCGGAGGCUCCGGUCAGUAGUAGCGACGACGAGAAUCUGGAAGCACGCGUCAGGAAGAAAGAGGAAGUGGAGGAGCACAAUGGGGCCUUGGUGGAGCCCCCGAAAGUGUGCGAGUCAUCAGAUAGCAGCCCCUCGUCGCAGGUCACACUGGAGCACUCGUACUGCAUGCAACCGAUUGAGAUUUCGGCCGAAGCGACGCAAGAAAAUCUGGUACAUGACCACGGUUACACAACCAAGGAGAAAAAACCAGUGAAGGAGAAACCUCCAAGGCCACGCAAACGCCCCGAACACAAGAAGAUCCAAAACUAUGAGAGCGAAGUUCGCGUCUCGCCCUACACUAUCCACAACGUCAAGCAUAAAGAGCGCGAUGUCAUGAGUCAAAUGUCGAUACUUUACGAGUUUUUGACCAAAGGGAUCGACUUUGAGGACAUCCAGUACAUGAAGCAGAGUUACGAGUUUAUGUUGGCCGACGAUUCGAUGGGUUAUUGGUUGAACGACACCCAUUGGGUGGACCAUUGCGUCACCGAUCUGUACUCAAGUCCGCCGAAGCGGCGAAAACGUGACGAUGUGAGGGUGCAUUCGACUGGUUGUGCCCGAACUGAGGGCUACUACAAAAUCGCAGCGCACGAAAAAGCCAAAUAUAAGUACCAUCAUGCCAAGUCGCAUGCGAUUGUUUCGCAAAACGCCCCCGUUAGUAAAAUGCAGGGGUUGUCGCGGGAGGCGAGGUCGAAUCAGAGGCGGCUUUUGGCGGCGUUUGGUGGUGAUACUGAUUCGGAUCUACUUAAGUUUAAUCAACUCAAGUUCAGGAAGAAACAUUUGAAGUUUGCCAAAUCGGCGAUUCACGAUUGGGGUUUGUUUGCAAUGGAGCCGAUCGCAGCCGAUGAGAUGGUGAUUGAGUAUGUGGGGCAGAUGGUGAGACAUAGUGUGGCUGAUUUAAGGGAGAGGAAGUAUGAAGCUACAGGGAUUGGAAGUUCGUAUUUGUUUCGAAUCGAUCUUGAGAAUAUCAUUGAUGCGACCAAGUGUGGCAACUUGGCCAGGUUCAUCAAUCACAGUUGUAAUCCGAAUUGCUACGCCAAAGUCAUCACAAUCGAGUCGCAAAAGAAAAUAGUGAUCUACUCGAAACAGAGCAUAGGUGUGAACGAGGAAAUUACUUACGAUUACAAAUUCCCGAUCGAGGACGAGAAAAUCCCGUGUCUGUGUGGCGCGGCCACGUGUCGAGGAACACUUAAUUAAAGGGAAACAAGACAGACUUUAAACCGAGUUAGUUACUAUAUAAAAUUUAAAUUAUCUUUUUUAUUUGUAUAUAUGUUUCUGUAAAUAGUACAUGGUUAUUUGUGUUUGUUUUUCAUCACAACCGCAAAUAAAAUUCAUUAACAGCUCA